AUCGUAGCAAUCCGAUCACCAACUUCUUCUCUUCAACUCAUCCAAAGAGAGGGGGGAAAAAAACAGAGCAAAAGAAUGAGCAGUGGCGGCACUGGGACACCGUCGUGCUACAGAGGGGUGCGGAAGCGGAAAUGGGGGAAAUGGGUGUCGGAGAUCCGCGAGCCGGGGACGAAGACGAGGAUAUGGCUGGGGAGCUUCGACACGCCGGAGAUGGCAGCCACGGCGUAUGACGUGGCGGCUCUGCAUUUCAGGGGGCGGGAAGCCAAGCUGAACUUCCCCGAGACGGCCCAUUACCUGCCCCAGCCCGCGAGUUCUAGCCCCGACGAUAUUCGGGCCGCGGCCCAUGAGGGAGCGGUCCGGGCUGGGCCGGUGGAUGCCGGUGGAGGUUCGGGUUCCGGUGGCGGUGGUGGGGAAGAGAAUGCCGGUCCCGUUACGGUGGCGCUGUCGCCGAGCGAAAUUCAGGCGAUCAAUGAGUACCCCAUGGACUCGCCGAGGAUGUGGUCGUCGAUGGACUAUACCGCGCCGUCGUCAAUGGGGUAUACUGCGCCAUCGAUCGACUACACGGCGCCGACGGAGUAUACCGCGGCGUCGUCGGCGGAUUAUACGGCGCCGUCUUCGUCGUCAUACAACAUGGGCCAAUAUGGAUGGGGGGACGAUUAUGGAUAUGGCGGCGGGCAAAGUGAUUCUCUUUGGGAUUAAGUUCUUUUUAUAAAAAAACACGAUUGAUGUCUUUUUUGUCAGGAAAAAAGAAAAAUGUUUUCAUUACUACCCUAUUUUUCUAAAACUAAAAUGACUUUAAAAAUUUGUUUCCAACUAAAAUCUCAACUUUUGAUUAAUAAGUGUUUGGUCCUUGUCUUGUUUCGAGGGCGAAGUUUAAAUUUUAACCUGUUUUUAUGUUGAAUUUUUUCACAAAAUAAGUUCUUGCUCAUUUGUAUUGUUCGAGAUAAAAGUUUUUUCAACUAAAACAAGAGAUUAACUUGAGAAAAUGUCUUUAAUUUUUUUUUUAACAAUUGUUAAAGUCGGAAAUACUCAUACAAUUGUUUGUCUUUUCAAGGUAUUUUAAUGAAACUUAUAACACUAU